UUGCCAUUGCAGAUAGCACGAACCAGGAUUGUGUCUUGAACUGACGACGUUGUGUCAUCCAUCUGUGGAUGAGAGUACGCAAGGUGAUGGAAAGUAUUCAUGGAUCCAUCAAUGUUAAGAACAGCUCGUUCCCAUGUGUCCAAUGUAUGCCUGCCAUAGCCCCCCACUCAGAUUUCUUCAAGAUCAAGUCCAUUCAUACCCUGCUCAUCAAGACUUGCCACAAUAUUUUCAAGACUCAUGCCCCCAUUCACACGGUACAUCGAAUCAUCGAGUGCAUUCCAGAAGAAGAAACUCUGAUCGCCCACCUCCAUCAAGUAGAGGGCCUCGCCCGUGUAAGAGCAACUGCCGUAAAGAGGCUUGACAUUGCCAUAUAA